AUGUUUAUGCGUAUUGUUGAGGCUAUGAUGAUGUUUUUCCAAAAUGCAAUACGGACCUCACUUGAAGGACUUGAAGGUGUACAAAACAUCAGCGAUGACAUAAUCGUGUAUGGCAAUUCGCAGGAGCAACACGACAGUAGACUGGCAGCCGCCCUACGACGUCUACAGGAAAAAGGCCUCACACUGAACAAACAGAAAUGUGAAUUCAACAAGAAAACGCUUGAAUUCUUCGGCUAUAUUUUCAGUGAAAACGGAUUUUCUGCUGACAAGAAAAAGUGUGAAAUAAUCAAAAACACACCUGCUCCACAAAACGCAUCAGAAGUACGAAGCUUCCUCGCAAUGACAAACUAUGUCUCCAGAUUCAUACCAAACUACUCCACAACGACAGAACCUUUGCGAAUGCUCGUGAAAAAAGAUGCCAAAUUCGUUUGGGAAGAAAGACAGCAAAAUGCUUUUGAUAAACUCAAAUCGGAUCUAAGCAGUGAAACUGUAAUGACAUAUUUCGAUCCAAAAUUGACAACACAAAUUGUUGCAGAUGCAAGCCCCGUAGGCAUAGCAGCAAUCAUGCUGCAAGGAGGGAAAGUAGUUAGCUAUGCAAGCAAAUCAUUAACAGAUACCGAGAAAAGGUACUCUCAGACCGAGAAAGAAAACUUAGCUAUCGUAUGGGCAAUUGAACACUGGCAUAUAUACCUCUUUGGACACAAAUUCACCGUCAUAACAGACGCAAAAGCGCUUGAACACAUAUACAAAAACCCGAAGUCCAAGCCGCCAGCCAGACUGGAACGGUGGCGAAUGAAAAUGCAAGCCUAUGAUUUUGAUGUCAUAUACAAGCCAGGUGAAUCGAACAUGUCAGACUACCUAAGUAGGCACCCUGAUGUCACAAAGACGCAAGCAAGCAACGCAGGAAAAAUCGCAGAAGAAUACCUGUCAUUCAUUACAUACCAUGAUGUUCCAAAAGCGAUGACGUUGCAUGACAUAAUCAAUGAGACAAGCAGUGACAACGACCUACAACAGGUGAUGCAAAACGUCAGACAAUCCUCGUGGAAAUCAAAUUACAAAGCAAAUACGGUACUAGAUACACUUGCACGUGUGAAAAAUGAACUGACAGUUGUGACGUUCAAAAACGGCGAAGUUCUCUUGCAUGGAAAUAGAAUCGUGUUACCUAAACAGUUGCAACAGAAGGCUAUUUCAUUAGCACACGAAGGACACCCAGGAAUAGUUAGGACAAAACAACUAUUGCGCGAAAAGGUGUACUUUCCAAAAAUGGACAAAGUGGUUGAGGACUUGUGUAACAGUUGUAUUCCCUGUCUCGCAGCAACUGAUAAAAACUCCAGGGAACCACUUCAAAUGACUGAAAUGCCAAAACAGGCAUGGGAUUCAGUGAGCAUGGAUUUCUGUGGACCAUUUCCUGAUGGAAAAUAUCUUCUUGUUUUGAUUGAUGACUUUUCAAGAUUCCCAAUUGUUGAAAUAAUAACAUCUCUUAAUGCAAAAUCAGUUAUUGAGAAGCUUGACAAAAUAUUCUCAGAAUAUGGAAUACCUGAAGUACUGAGAACUGACAAUGGACCGCCGAUGAAUAGUGCAGACUUUCAAAACUUUUCAAAACAAUUUGGUUUCAAACACAGAAAAAUAACCCCUAUCUGGCCUCAAGCAAACGGAGAAUGCGAGCGUUUCAUGAAAACAAUAGGAAAAGUAAUUCGUGCAGCAAAAACUCAAAAAGCAGAUUGGCGCACAGACAUGUAUGCAUUCGUACGCAACUAUAGAGCUACAAAACAUGCGACUACAAAAUACAGUCCAGCAGAACUAUUAUUUGGAAGACAGAUUAGAAUAAAAUUACCAUUUGCACCAUCGAAACCUUCAAAGGAAAAUGUGCAAGUCAAAGCUCGUGAAAAUGACGCAUAUCAAAAAGCUAAAAUGAAAUCGUACGCGGACGCAAAACGGCAUGCAAAGCCGGCAACAUUUAACGUUGGCGACUCUGUACUUGUCAAACAACACAAAACAAACAAAUUCUCCACACCUUUCGACAGUCAGCCAUAUAAAAUUACAAAGAUAAACGGUUCGAUGAUAACAGCGAAAAGAGGAGACAAGUCAAUCACCCGUAAUUCGUCCUUUUUCAAGCUGAUAAGGCUACAAGACUCCGACAGCGAGGACGACUUCGACGACUUCUACCGUCCUGGCAGAUGCUGA